GGAAGAUGAACCGGAGUUUCAACAAAUCUCAGACUCUGCGGUACCUGGAGUGCAGCGCGGUGGAAGUAAAGAGCAAGUUUGGAGCAGAGUUCAGAAGAUUCUCCCUGGAUCGCUUCAAGCCAGGAAAAUUUGAAGACUUCUACAAACUAAUUCUUCACAUUCAUCACAUAGCCAACCUGGAAGUGAUGAUUGGGUAUGCUGAUGUACAUGGAGACCUUCUGCCCAUUAAUAAUGAUGACAACUUUUUCAAGGCUGUUUCAAGUGCUCAUCCACUACUCAGGGUUUUUAUACAAAGACAAGAUGAAGUGGACUACAGUAAUUUUGGGACCAAUACCCUAUCAAGGAAGAAGAAAGCUCUGGUGACACUCCGCAAUGACAACCUCCGCCGACGUCCUCACAUUAACAUCAGCAUGCCUCAUGAUUUCAGACCAGUGUCUUCCAUAAUAGAUGUGGACAUUCUUCCUGAAACACACAGGAGAGUGAGGCUGUAUCGACACGGGUGUGAGAAGCCCUUAGGAUUUUACAUUCGUGAUGGCACCAGCGUAAGGGUUACUCCUCAUGGACUGGAAAAAGUACCUGGUAUCUUCAUCUCUCGUAUGGUUCCUGGAGGCUUAGCAGAGAGCACGGGCUUGCUGGCUGUGAAUGAUGAAGUCCUGGAAGUUAAUGGCAUUGAAGUAGCAGGAAAGACUCUUGAUCAAGUCACAGACAUGAUGAUUGCCAACAGCCAUAAUCUUAUUAUCACAGUCAAGCCAGCAAACCAGAGGAAUAACAUUAUUCGAAGCAGUAGGAUGUCUGGGAGCUCUGGUCAGUCUACAGACAGCACUGCAAGUCACCACAGCUUGCCUACAUCCCAUGUGCUGCAGAACUUCCACCCUGAUGAAAUGGAGAGUGAUGAAGAGGCUGAUAUUGUCAUCGAGGGUGGUCUGGAGCCACAGCACAUUCCCAAACUACACAGCCUUACUUCUAGUAGCCUCUCUCGGAUCAAUGGCAGCAGCCUUAGCCACAGACUUCAAAGGGACCUGGUGCUCAACAACAACUCUGGCAGAGAAAGCAAUGGCAACAUCCACAAACUACUCAGUUCCUUAAAAACUGAUCCCCGACACAGUCUGGUUAUCCCCAGGGGAGGAAUUGAGGAGGAUGGAACAGUCAUUACACUUUAGUAGCAAUUCCCAAAACUCUCUUUUUAGUCUUAAGUGCCAAUUGGGACAAUUGACUCUUGCAAUGUGUUAUUGCACAGACCAGAGAGCUGAUAUCCUCAUAGACCUCACCAGUGCAGGAAGAUUGUUGCUUUCUAGGAAAUGUGGCAUCUGGAGUUAGGCAUAAAAUGUUCAUGCACUGCAAAAUUUGUCAGGAGAAAGCCAGAGUUGCACAACCUGGUUGAUAUUCCAGCCCUAAUAUGAGAACACAAAUUUAUUUUAGUUGGUAUAAAUCUAAGCAGUCUUACAGGCUACCAAUGGCAGUGCUGCAUACUUGGGUUUGAAUGCAUGGGUGGAUGUAUUUAUACAUGCAUGUAUAUGAAUUAGAUUUUAAUAGUAACAGACAUGUCUAUUUGAAGUGAAAUCUGGUUUUCCUCUAACACCAGUUUAAAGAAAGUGCAUCUUAAUAGCCAUCCCAUCUUCUUACUGUUACAUGCAGACCUUCCACUAACUUGUUUACAUCCUAUUUACCACCUCAUGUCUAAUCCAGACAAGCUCUAUAAAAG